CCAGGCUCCGCGGCUCCCGGCCCACCCGGGCCUCUGCAGUGGGGGCGCAGGCGGAAGUCCGGGCUCCAGCACCCGUGGACCUAGCAGGACAAUGCAGACUCCUCUCACCAUUCCUGUGCCUGUGCUCCGGCUCCCCCGGGGCCCUGAUGGCUUGAGCCGUGGCUUUGCCCCUGAUGGACGCAGGGCUUCUUUGAAACCCAAGACUCCUGAAAUCCAGGAGUGUCCCAUAGUUCAAGAAUCUCUGGAAUCCCAGGAACAGCAGGCCCGAGCUAUUCUUCGGGAGCGCUACCUCCGCAGCCUGCUGGCUAUGGUGGGUCGUCAGGUGAGCUUCACAUUGCACGAGGGUGUGCAUGUGGCUGCCCACUUUGGAGCUACUGACCUGGACGUAGCCAACUUCUAUGUGUCACAGCUGCAGACUCCCAUAGGUGUGCAAGCUGAGGCGCUGCUCCGAUGUAGUGACAUUAUUUCAUACACCUUCAAGCCAUAAAGAUUAUUAUUGUGUUCACCUGUCUGCCUCAAGAUCCUAGGCCUCUAAAUGUUCCUGCACCAGGAACUCUGGGCCCUGUAGAGUUCUGAGCUCCCCUGGAAUUUUGAGCCAAGCAACUUUGGAUUCCUGAGACCUCAAGGAACUCGUCAGCAAAAAUCUGUGACUCUGGGAAUUUUAGAUCCCGUUGAAAGGAAUGCUCUACCUCUCAGAACUCCGAACGCUACAGAAACAUGGGCCUGAUGCCAUUUCCUGAAGACUGGGAAUCUGGGGUUUGCGGGUGGAAGAAUCAGGGAAGGCAAAUUGCAAAGACAUUGCUUAUUGAGGAGAUUGCAAAGUCCAACCCCCCUGAAUAUACUCCCCAAUGCCCCCCUCCUGCUAAAGAAUCAAUUAU